AUGGUCAAGCCAUCGAAGGUGUGGCGGGAGGCUACGCCACUCGAACAACUGGAUCGGCUGCUCUCAACGUGUCCCCAUAUCGCGCCAGCAGUUCGUCGCCUGACCAUUUCCUGUCGACUGGAUGGGGAAUGGGUUGCCCAGCCGCUGGCAGCGAAGGUCAUUCGUCGCUUUACCGCCCUCGACAGCUUGGUGGUCAACUGCCACAUUCACGGCGACACGAGUCGCACAUGGGAAAGCUUCCAUGGAGACACGAUGGAAGCGCUCGCGAGGAUAGUUGCCCUGCCCUCAAUCCGGUCGUUGACCAUCCGCUCCACCGGUCUUCAGGCACUCCUCGCGUUAAUCAAGCCGCCAAGCCCCACCCCACAUCCGCUGCGCGUCCGCCAUCUGGUACUCCGCGAUACCAACUUCGACCGCGAGGCUGACAACUUCAUUAUGGACGACUUCCCGAAACUACGACUGGAUUCCCUGGAGUGUGAUCCUCUUCACGAGCCCGACGGCCCUUUCUUUGAGCGAAUCAUCGACAUUCCGGCGCUCAAGCACGUCCAUUUCACCUUUCAGUAUUCUGUGUACGACGCCUAUGAAGCUCAGGAGCUGAUCCUCCAACACGCCCUUGACCUUGAGCAUCUGAAGAUUACUCUCAUCACAUUUGACGACUAUAACGACGUGCCCCUUCUCGCGCUCGGACACCUUCAUGAGCUGCACACACUCGAGCUGGAUCUCAAAAUGGAGGCUAGCUCCAUCUACGCCGGCGCCCACAACGUCGUCCUGAUGCUCCUUGAGUGCAUUCCCCUCGCGGGCGACAAGCCGCCAUCCAUCGCACAUGUCAUCAUCGGUAUCUCCGCCCUCAAGCGCGGCAGCAGCGACGGGCAUUCCCGAAUCGUUGCUUCACUCGAAGAAUUUCUCGACCAGCUCGUCUCUCAUUUCCCGCCUUGGGCGGACCACCACUUCACGCCGGCUUUAAUGGUCCGCCUCAGCUUCGAAUCCGACUAUGGCGAAGAUGUCGAGAUUGGAGUUAAGGCUGCGGUACGGAGCAAGUUGGGCGCGUUCAAGGGGCUGGAAGUCGGAGUAGAGCUUAUUCGCAACACCGGUAAUUCAAACGAAGAGGACGAACUGGUGUCCUAUGCUCAGCUUCCAAGACGUUGCUGA